GUGCCGCGGCAGUGACGCUGCAGAAUCUGCUGCACAGAUCAUCACAGACACUGUAGACCCAUCAUAGACCCAACAUAGACCCGUCACACACCCAUCUACUCUCACCGAACCCCGCUCAUACUUCACCCGCACAGAGGCGGGCCCUCCGCGCUCCGACUCAAACCUCUAAACCAGAAACAUGAAGGAGACCGCGGCCAAACGACGCGACAAAGCGGCGGCUCGGGACAAGAAGGAGCCCAAAGAAGCGAAGGGCCCCGAACCUCAGGACGUGGAGAUGCCCGAGGAAGAGGCGCCUCCUGCGGCCACAGCAGGAGAGCAAGACGGCCUCACUCUGGAGGAUAUCAAAGAGCAUGUGCGACAGAUCGAGAAAGCAGUUCAGGGGAAGGAGCCUCGUUUUGUCCUCCGCGCCCUCAGAGCUUUGCCCUCCAUCAGCCGCAGACUCAAUGCCAACGUGCUUCACAAAACCAUCUCUGGCUUCUACACCAGCAAUGCCAGCGCCAAGGACUACCUGCUGGCCUUCCUGGAGGAGCCCAUGGAAAUGUCAGAGGGGGAUGUUCACUUCAGACCUCGCACAGGGAAGGCUGCGUCUGCUCCUCUACUCCCCGAGGUCGAGGCCUAUCUUCAACUUCUACUGGUGAUCCACCUCUGCACCACCAAGAACUACAGCCAGGCUCAGAAGGUCUCUGAUGACCUGAUGCAGAAGAUUUGCUCAAAGAACCGCAGAGCUCUGGACCUGGUCGCCGCUAAGUGUUUCUACUACCAUGCCCGAGUCUACGAGUACCUCCAGCAACUGCACACCAUACGCAGCUUCCUCCACACACGCCUCCGCACCUCCACCCUCAGACAUGACACUGAUGGGCAGGCCGUGCUAUUGAACCUUCUCCUGAGGAACUACCUGGAGUUUAACCUGUACGACCAGGCGGAGAAGCUGGUCUCCAAGUCUGUGUUCCCCGAAGUGGCCAACAACAACGAGUGGGCCCGCUACCUCUACUACACAGGGCGUAUCAAGGCCAUCCAGCUGGAGUAUUCUGAGGCACGGCGUACUCUGACCAACGCUCUGAGGAAGGCUCCACAGCACACGGCCGUGGGAUUCAAACAGACAGUCCAUAAACUCCUGAUCGUGGUGGAACUGUUGUUGGGGGAGAUCCCAGACCGACCGCAGUUCAGACAACCGUCCCUCAAGAGGUCCCUGCACCCAUACUUCCUCCUAACACAGGCGGUGCGCACUGGAAACCUGUCCAAGUUUAACCAGGUGCUGGAGCAGUUCGGAGAAAAGUUCCAAACAGACGGAACCUACACCCUGAUCAUCCGCCUGAGACACAAUGUCAUCAAGACAGGCGUUCGUAUGAUCAGCCUUUCGUACUCGAGGAUCUCUUUGAGCGACAUCGCCCUCAAACUGCAACUUGACAGUCCAGAAGACGCAGAGUUCAUUGUGGCCAAGGCGAUCCGGGACGGCGUGAUCGAGGCCAGUAUAAACCACGAGAAAGGCUUCGUUCAGUCCAAAGAGACGAUGGACAUCUACGGCACCAGAGAACCUCAACUCGCAUUCCACCAACGCAUCUCCUUCUGCCUGGACAUACACAACAUGUCUGUGAAGGCCAUGAGAUUCCCCCCCAAAGCCUACAACAAGGACCUGGAGUCUGCUGAGGAGCGGAGGGAGAGGGAGCAGCAAGACCUUGAGUUUGCCAAAGAGAUGGCCGAAGAUGAUGAUGACAGUUUCCCCUGAGGUCCAGUCCCUGGUCCAGUCCCUGGUCCAGUCCCUGGUCCAGACUCUCAGUCUGGAGUUCCUUCUGAGUUCUGCGUGUUCUGACCUGUUGCUGUAAAAGUCUAAUAAACACAUGCCUUUGUCUAA